UAAGGAAAAGGAAAGAGAAAGAAGCAUCGGAGAAGAAGAAAUCGUCAGAAUUUUCUCUCUCUAAAUUCAUACAAAUUUCUUCUCAAGACCCUCACUCUUCUUGAAUUUCCCUUCUCCCCCCUGUAAAUAUUUUUCUGUAAACGCUCAAAAUCUGUACCCAUUUCUCAUCUCUGUAUAAAUCAAUACAUUUUUUUUUUGUUUCCCUCACAAAUCUGCACUUGUAAUUCUGUUUCAAUUGUCGGUUCAGGUGUGUAUAAAUUUAGGUAGUAGUAUUUGAAGGUAUAGCAGGAAUUAGGGUUUGAAAUUGCUGUUACUAUUCCGAUUUUGUGUUGAAAUUCGGUUUGAAUUAUGACGGUUCCGACGAUUUUGCUUUACGGUAGCCCGAGCAGCGUGUGCUCCGCUCCGCACCCGAUCAAUUCCCACGGCUCGUACGAGCUAGAGGCGAACGCGCGGUCGUCUUCGUCGGCAUCGGCGUCGCCGUCGCAGAAAACCUUGACCGGCGGGCUGUCGUGCUGGUUCUCCACGCCGCCGAUUAAAUCGGCGAGCGGUCCGACCGGGGCGGAGGAAUUGGGUUCGUUGUGGCACGAUAGAACCGAUGAAUUGGGGUCUUCGUAUCGAUACUCUUCGUUGACCUCGUAUUCGAAACGAGACCAAGCUCAUCAGAGCCCGGUUUCUGUGCUUCAAGGCCCGAAUAGUUCAAUCGGGUUGGGUUCUCGAAGCUCCCCCAUGAGAAUUAGCCCUAAUUUGAACUCGAUUAGGUCCGGGACUGGGUGCCUGUUCAACGGAUUCGUGACGCAUGCGUUGGGUUCGUGUGUGGACUACGAUUCGCCGAGAUUAGCGUCGGAUGUCGAGGACUUCGAUUAUUCGUCCUCCUCGAACGAAUAUUCCUCGGAGAAUCUUAUUUUCAACAUGGAUGUCGAUUCCCCGGAGUUGGAUUUGCCGGAUUAUGCGAAAGACUUGCUCUCUGAUGCGCAGUCGAGGCAUUCGAUUUUCCGGGAUGAUUUUGUCAUCAAGGCUUUUUACGAAGCAGAGGAAGCUCAUAGAGGCCAGAAGCGAAAAAGUGGGCAUCCUUAUUUGCAGCACUGCGUGGAAACGGCGAUUCUGCUUGCAAAUAUCGGUGCUAGUUCUACAGUAGUUGCUGCAGGGCUUUUGCACGACACCAUUGACGAUUCUUCUGUUACUUGUGAGCAAAUUUCAGCCUCGCUCGGAUCUGAAGUCGCUCACUUAGUCGAAGGGGUGUCUGAGCUGAGUCAAUUGAGCAAGCUUGCACGUGAGAACGACACCGCCACUAAAACCGACGAGGCGGAUCGAAUGCAUACCAUGUUCCUUGCAAUGGCGGAUGCUAGAGCUGUCCUAAUAAAGCUAGCCGAUCGUUUGCACAAUAUGAUUACCUUGGAUGCGUUACCUCCAGCCAAACAAGAAAGAUUCGCGAAGGAAACUUCCGAAAUAUUCGUGCCCCUUGCCAAUAGAUUAGGGAUCUCCACUUGGAAAGAGCAGCUACAGAAUCUCUGUUUCAAACACCUCAAUUCAGACCAUUACCAAGACUUGUCAUCCAAGCUUGUCAAGUCCUAUGACGAAGCUGCGGUUACUUCUUCUGUAGAGAAGCUCGAGCAAGCUCUCGAGAAUGGAUCGGUUUCUUACCACUGUUUAUCGGGCCGGCAUAAAAGCUUGUUCAGCAUUCAUUCCAAGAUGUUGAAGAAGAACCUAAACAUGGAUGAAAUUCAGGAUAUUCACGGGUUGAGAUUGAUUGUCGAAACUGAAGAAGACUGCUAUAAAGCUCUGAAAGUCGUCCACCAGCUAUGGCAUGAAGUGCCUGGGAAAUUCAAGGACUACAUAGUUUAUCCCAAGUGCAACGGGUACCGUUCUCUACACACAGUAGUUGUAUGCGAGGGUGGAGUUCCCCUAGAAGUUCAGAUCCGAACAAAACAGAUGCAUGUUCAAGCAGAGUACGGAUUUGCUGCUCAUUGGAGAUAUAAAGAAGGAGACUGUAAACACUCUUCGUUUGUUCUUCAGAUGGUCGAAUGGGCACGUUGGGUUAUUACAUGGCAGUGUGAGGCAAUGAGCAAAGAGAAGUCGUCCGAUGGUUCUUUUGACUCGAACAAGCCACCUUGCGUGUUUCCUACACACUCUAAAGACUGCGCAUUUUCUUGCAAGCCUCAAUGCGUCUCCGAUGGACCUGUCUAUGUUAUCAUGAUUGAAAAUGAUAAGAUGUCUGUGCAGGAGUUUGCGGCAAACUCAUCGGUGAUGGAUGUGCUGAAAACAGUAGGUGGAGGUAGAUGGAGUUCAUACGGUUUUCCGGCGAAUGAGGAGCUGAGGCCAAGGCUGAACCACCACCCUAUUUCCGAUCCAACGUGCAAGCUCAAAAUGGGGGAUGUUUUUGAGUUGACUCCAUCUUUGCCGGACGAAUCGUUGACCGGGUAUCGGGAAGAAAUGCAGCGUAUGUUUGAUAAGGGCCUUGCUAUCUCAACUACAGUUGCUUGCUAGUUACACAAGCUGACCUAAGUUUAUAUUCAUUCUUUUGUUUGUAUAAUAAUAUCAUUUCAUCAAAAGAAAAAAAAAUAGCCGUUUUGUACAUAUAACAAAUUAUACUAAUUAUGUAGCAGUAGAUUCUCGAAAGUUUCUUUUAUUUUAUGGACUUACAUUGAUAUAUAUGAAAUAAUAUACAUUCAAAGUUUUCUUGCACCAAAGAGAAAAAGAACGAUUCUAACUUGUAAAGUUUCGUAAGUUUUCGUGAUUAAAUAAAAGUUUGUCGUUUCAUAU